AUGCUUACGCGGCUCCAGGCCGAGGAGCGACAGAUGGAUAUCGUGCUAUCGCGUGUGAAGGUGGAGCUUUCCGAGUCCAUCCACGUCAUGCCACGUGUCACGCGAAACCUCCGGCUUUACCGGAUCGAGGCUCGGCUCGACCCGAAGCUGUUCCCGCCACCCAACAACGCGGUGACCCUGUGGGACGCUGACAAGGACGGGAUCCUCCGACCAGAUGCAUCAACGGUGGAGAUGCAGCGAGAGGGGACCAGUGAAUCUCUGGUGGAGCUUCGUGUGGAGCUGAAGCAGGGGGAGGAAGUGUACAGUGUGGAAGAACGGUUAGGGGCGGUGGUGGGGAUGAGAGUGGCGACCAGGCUGCAAGUCUUGGAGGGCCUUUGGAAUCAUAUCAGGGCUAACAAGCUACAGGACCCCUCGGAUCCUUCCUCUUUCACCUGUGAUUCUACCCUCCAAGCCCUCUUCAAGCAAGACAAGCUCAGAAUCUCCUCCCUCCCUAUCCACAUCUCCCCAUUCCUCUCUCCACCACCGCCUCUCACCAUCACCCACCGCAUCUCCCUCGCCACCUGCCCCACACACUCCGCCACACUCCCUUCUUUAGAUCCUCCCUUUCAUCCACUGGGCCCACCCACCACCCUCCCUUCGUAUGAGACCCUCCCUCCUGUUUCAGCAGACACCUGUGUGGAUGUGACUGUAACAGAAGCUCCUGCUCUCGCAGCGGAGACAGCCCGUGUGAUUGCAGCGAUGGGUCAGCAGCCAGAGAUUGAUGCUAUUGAUGCAGCCAUGGCAAAAGAUGCUGAGCUUUUAGCUAAGCACCGGCGGCGUCGCGCCUUUUUCCUAGCGUUUUCACACUCUCCUGGGGAGUUUAUCAGGGACUUGAUGGUUUCACAGCAAAGAGAUCUGGAUCAGAUGCAGCAGGGAGGAGUGGAAGGUGCUGGAGGUGCACAGGCAUUUGGUCCUGAGACUGCAGACCAAGAUGCAGAGUUUUAUGCUCUCCCGUGGGUGGAUGAUGCCCUUCUGAGGUACCUGAAUCGCCAUGCCAUGGGUACUGAAGGCUUUGCGUUGUAA